AUGGUAGUUAUCAACGCAUUAGGCUUUGCUCUUUCCAUCGCUCUACAUUUUCUGGGUCCAAAGCGUCGAAUACGGAUGUCGCUUUCGUCGAAGUUUCAGUCAAACGAACAUUCAGUUUCGUCCAACUUGCUUCUUUUGAUCAGUACGACGCAGUUUAUUACAUUUCUUCUCUCAGAGAUCGCUAUUUUGUACAUCAGGAUCUAUCAGUCCACAAACUUGUUGUCUCCUGCCUUCAAGGAAAAUGCUGACCUUUUUAUAUACUACACUUUGGCGCUUCCACUAAUAUCGACAGUUUAUCUCUCAAAGGUGAAAAGACAAAGAAUCAUGGAUAUCAAAAGCAGUGUCAAUAUAAAGGCCAUCGGUAAUGAUGGGUGGAUGAACUACUACUCUGUCCUACAAAAACAGUGGAUGUGA